AUGGCCUUUUCCAAUGAAAUUUCAUCUCAGGGAUGUAACCUUCACAGCAGAUUACAGGAAGCUAACAAGAACAACCUAGAACUUCUGAACAACAAACCUCAGUCCUCCAUUCCCGUACAAUGCAUAGAUGAUGUCCUCAACUUCUCACUCAAUGAAGAAAGCCUCACAAACAUUGGUGUCUUUGAUGAAGAGAACGCCCGGGUCACCAUACAAGAAAUACUUCAGCAGACAAGCCGCAUCUUCACACAAAAUCACAGUGAAUUGUCUUGGGAUGAGAAUUCUAUUAGCGCUUUCCUGGCUGGACUGGAUCAGCAAAUACAGAACAUGGAAAGAUGUCUGAAUGCAUCUCCAAGGAGUCAGCAAGUGCAGCUCACCAGACUGAGAGUGAAAAGAUACUUCCAAAAGCUCAGUGGCCUCCUGAAAGAGAAAGAGUACAGCCAGUGUGCCUGGGAGAUUGUCUGGAUCCAAGUCAAGCAGUGCUUUGUCCAGAUAAAUCAAUUCAUCCAAAGAAUCCCAAAUGAAGGUAGGGAAAGACAAAUUUCAUAA